AUGGGGAAUUCCGACAUUGCCUUGCUAGAGAACAGUCCAAAUGCUUCUGUUUUUCACACGGUUCUGAAGAGUUUGAACGAGCGAGAUGAGCUGCUUUCGCUGGUUGAGAUCCUACCGAUAAUAAAGAAGGUUGUGCCGAUCUAUCCUUCGUUAAGGCAAGAAUCAAGAAAAAUACUUUUGAAUCUCCUUUCGAGAAACUUCAACUUCAUUGCACAACUAGUAUCUUUCACAUCGUCGUUGCCAGAGAAACAGGCAGAAAAAAGGAUCUACAAAUCGCUGAUAGUCAAGCUGAUUGUAGAGAACAACCAAUGUUUGUUAAACUAUCUGAAACAGUGCGCCACGAAUAAGAUACUUUACAAUGACAUGAAAGCGCUGCUAUUCGGGAGUAAACUAUUUAAUUGUAUCUCGACCGAAAUGGAUAUUACUGACUAUCUGAGACUUUUACGGGAGCACUGGCGAUACGCACUAACCAGUACAUCCCAGCAGGAGUUGAUGCAACGCGGGAACCAGCUUGGUGAGCUUUUAAUCACGAUGUUAACGUUGCAUCCAGUUCUCACUAGGGUUAUCAUGGCUGAAGAAUUCCUCCUAACAACAACAGAGUUCUUUAAGUCGCUUAAGAUAAUUGUUCACAACUCCACGCCCUUGAAUCGGCAGAAGCUCCUGAAGAAUCUCAUCUAUCCAUAUUUAGACGUGCACGCUACCAGACACAAUUGUCAGUCGGUUUACUCUAUUCUUAGGGAAUUGGCCAUUGGCGAUUCUGUUGAUGGGUAUUACAUUCUGCGUUUGAAUUCGCCAGUUUUACAGGAGUGUACCGUACGACUUUUAUCUUCAAAUUCAUCAGCAAGAUUGCUCAGGUUGCUGCUGCAGAUGUUUGCCAAAAUUGACAUAGCCAGCGAUGAGAAAGUCUGCGAAAUACUUGUCAUGGUUUUGAAGUACUCGUGUAACUCUGAUUUAAAGAGCCGAAUUGGAACCGAUACCAAGUUUCUCGACGGUGUGACUGCUAGAUUGAUGCACAAGGAUCAUGUAGUCAGGGAACGCACUAUGUUCGUCGCUAAAGUUGUCUCUAAUGGUGAUGUAAAAUACGACAGCGAUUUUGUGAUUGACAUUCCAGAUUUGAAGCUAUCUGACGACAAUUUAACUAUUGAUUUUAGUAGCCUGAGCACCUCUGCAACAGACCCACCAAACAUGUCGCGACCUUCAACUCAGCCGCCUGUUGACAACUCCUUUUCGGUUGACAGCGAUGACGAUGAUAGCGAUUAUGAUGAAAAAGGAAGAGAAAUCGUCUUCUUGAAGGACCUGGUCAUGGAGUUUGCAAGAUUGGAGAAUAAGAGAGGAAUAAGCCCUCUGUCGCUUUUGAAAUUGACAGUGAAGCUAGUAAGACAAAAGAAGGAUUUUCCUAGCGAAGUAUCCUACUAUAGUACGGGUUUAUUGUCCAGCAUCGCUUGUCUGAACAAUAAUCUAGACGAGCCGCAUUUCGAACAAGGCCGCAUCAAUGCCCUUGUGAGCAUGCUAGUGGUAACACCUGAUAAGGCCACAGAACUUAUGAGAAUUUUCUUCACAUCUGAACUCUCUUUGCAACAAAAAAUAUCCAUAUUAUCUAGUUUUGGGCUCUCGGCAAGAGAACUAAGAGGCUUUGAUGACGAAUCGAUCGCCAAACCACAGUAUGAUUUUCCUACCAGUCGGUUACCUUGGGACAAGCCAGAAAAUGCGUCAAUCGAUGAUCAUCAACUUGCCUAUGGCCAAGAUUUGUCGAUGCAGAAGGUUGUUUGGAAAUCGAAGAAGCUUACAACAAGUUAUAAGAAAGAGCCUAUGAAGAAUCGGUUCAGGCGAUAUGCCGGGCUUUUUUUUUAUCCUUUAGCUCAGGCAUGGCUCGAUGGCAUAAAUCUCGGUACCUUCGAUGAGCUUUUCAAGUCCCAUUAUCUGAUGACGCUUCAUAUUAUAUAUCGUUGUGCUGAUCCCGUACACGACUACGACAGAAUUACAGAGCUUAUGAAGGAGGUUUUAGCAGACGCCUCGCAGCAAGGUAUCAAGAUAUGA